GCACGCUUAGCUGGCUGGCUGAAUAUUACCUGAAUUUACCACCGUUUUUCGAACGUUCGUUAAAGUGGCGAGGCUUUGCGUGCAUUUGACAGGAAAUAUGCUGAGCCAAGCUUUACGUAAUGGACCGCUUCAUCCUCGACUCUUUUCUGCUCGUUCGAACGAACACACUCGACCACAAAACACGCAGGUGACGACUUCUCCAAGGGAUCCUCUCUCUGAGAAUUCGCGCGCGCCUUUUCUUCGUGCUAUCAGCUCACGGUUGGGACCAUCGGCCGCCAGUGUGUUACGUUCACAGCCUGUUUCCUCGACGCCGCAGAAACGAUUCAGGAAGAAGCACGAUACUCGGGCAAACAAGCUCGCGAUAUCGAAUUUCUCGUCCAUCGCGAGUUGAUGGUAUCACACGAGUGGAUCCUAUAGAAUGGACGGGCAGAGCAAGGAUAAUGAUACAUCGACGCUUCAAUGGCCGGAUUAUCUUGUCAUCGGUCUAAUGCUGUCGAUCUCAACCGGCAUUGGGAUCUACUACCGAUUCACCGGAGGCAGGCAACGCACGGCCGAGGAGUACUUCUCAGCCAAUCGAACGAUGGGCGUCGUUCCUUUAUCGAUCGCACUGAUGGUGUCUUUCAUGUCAGCGAUCACGGUGCUAGGAAUCAGCGCAGAAACUUACAUUCACGGCACGCAAGUCACGCUGUUGUACCUGGGUGGUUUCUUUGGUACACCAGUCGUCUUGUAUCUUUAUCUUCCCGUUUUCUCGGAAUUGAACACCAUGAGUGUCUAUGAGUAUCUAGAAAAACGAUUUGGAGUAGGAGCACGACUACUAGCCAGCACUGCUAACUUCCUGCAGCUACUUUUAUACACUGGAAUAGUAUUAUUCGCGCCUUCGUUGGCACUAGAAGCGACCACAGGUCUAUCAGGGAACAUGAGCAUCGUGCUGAUCGGCCUGAUUUGCACCUUCUACUCGACCGUAGGUGGCAUCAAGGCUGUCCUCAUCACCGACGUUUUUCAAGCAGUACUGAUAUUCACCGCACUUUUAUGCAUCCUGAGUAUCGCCGCUAGCGACCUUGACGGAGGCUUAUCCAAUGUGUGGAGCAUCGCUCAAGAGGAUGGUCGAAUAGAAUUCUUCGAUUUCAGGAUUGAUCCAACUAUAAGGCAUACAUGGUGGGCAUUGCUGAUUGGUGGUACUACCAUGUUUCUGUCUUUAUACGCGGUUAAUCAGAUCCAAGUUCAGCGCUUACUCACCGCCAAGAGUCUCAAAUCUUCGCAACGCGCGCUUGUUCUCAGCGGUCCACUCACUUUACUCUUAGGUUCUUUGACAGCGUUCUGCGGUCUAGUUCUCUACGCUGUGUACAGAAAUUGUGACCCAGUUACAUCCGGUAAAAUCUCCAGCUUCGACAAGAUAAUGCCAUAUUUCGCAGCUGAAAGAAUGUCACGAGUGCCAGGUGUCACUGGACUCUUCAUUUCCGGUGUAUUCAGCGCGAGUCUCAGCACCAUAUCCGCUAUGUUGAAUUCUCUAGCUGCUGUAGCUUUGGAAGACUAUGUAAAGCCCCUGUGUCGUAAAUUUAGUAUAGAAUUUCCAACGGAAAAAGCCACGUUAAUUGGAAAAUUUCUUGCUGUGGCGAAUGGUUUCACCUGUUUGGCCGUGGCUUUUAUUGCCAAAUCAAUGGGACCGUUGGUCGAAGCUGCCAUAGGGAUUUCUGGAGCGAUUGGAGGACCCAUUUUGGGGAUUUUCACACUAGGCAUGGUUGUGGAAAAGGCAAAUCAGGCUGGAGCCAUCGUGGGCACUAGCACAGCCUUGAUCACAUGCAUUUGGGCAGUAUUUGGUACACCGAAGCCACCGACACCCAAUCUUCCGCUAUCUGUGGAAGGCUGCGACAAUUCCACCUUACUCCUCUAUCAUCAAAACGCAACUUUAUUCGAAGACCCCGUGGACGAUUCGUCGUACUUUUAUUUGUAUCGUAUAUCGUAUAUGUGGUAUAAUCCACUUGGACUGGCAAUCACGUUGAUCGUAGGCUUCGUAACCAGCCUGAUCACGAAUAAGAUAUUUUACAAGAACGCUCGCGAACCAGAGCCUAACUUGUUCUUCCCUUUCCUGGCGGCGCGAAUUAGGAGACGAAGGGAGGACGCGCAAAAGACUACGAGCAGCCAGGUCUUCGUAUUGGAGAACAGAAAAUGAAAUAAAGAAUAUAAGAACAGCAGCGAGCGUAUUGAGAAUUAAGCUCCGAUGAGAUAAUGGUUAUCUCAGAGCAAAUGGAACUGCACUGCCCAUUAUAAGUUCGGAAUUACCUGUCAAAAGAACUUUCCAAAAAUGGAGACAAAAAUUCUAUAUACUAUUUCGUUGAUGUAACGUACAACUUGUAUAAAUUCACCACGGUAGCGUAUGACAAUCCUAUGGGUAUUAAGAACAUCGUGAGGAAGUGAAAUUCAACGCUUCCGAGCUCGUAUGACAGAAACACGAAUCCCGUAGAUAAGAAGAUUUGCUUCAAGAACGAGCGAAACAAUUUAUCGAUUUAAAAACUUGCAUUUCACUUACGAAUAUCGUAUUUACUUCGUGUUACGAGCAACUUCCUAAGAAGGAAAGUAAUCGAGCCAGCUUCUGCAAGUAAUACUCAUUAAUAAAAUAAGCGCAGGUUGAGAUCCAGUGUCACUGUUCCUUGUACUUAUUAACUGUUCUGAUGAUUUCAUUAGCCAUAACUCAUCGUCAGUGCCUCGUCGUAGAGCAAAUUAAUAAAAUCUCCAAUUUGCACCAUGUUUCGAUUGCAGCGCGUUAAAUUCGCCAGCGCCGUCGGCCGUCGUCUUUUCCUCGCUUUGUUCAUUUGCAACUUAACGAGGGACGAUUGGGCUGGAAAAGGAUGUGAGCUAUCCACGAAUGAAGCCAUCCAGGCAUCUGGGUCAUAGGGAUGACCGGAUUAGAGACACUAUAAUUCUCGUUGUAUCGUUUUAGCCAAACAGCGAGAAAAAUGACCGCGUAACUUAACUUAUCUCGUAAUGGUCGACGAGCAAUUUACUGUGGAGUAUGGGUCGUGAACGACCUGCUAACACGUUUAAUUAAACUUCAUUCUGUACGGCACGUUAUCACACUACCGUUCUGUAACAGCGAAAGACACGCAAUAAAAGAUAAUUGAUUCUUUCAACGAAAGCGACCGGCCGUUUCAUUAAAUUUCACACCGAAAACGAUCAUCACGCCACGGUACGUCCUUUCUCGCCCUCUCUUUGUUCUCCCGUUCUCUCGUUGUCUCUCGCUCUCUCUCACUUGUGAAUAUCGAGUGAGACAGAUAACACUGGUUCCCCCUGUCGCGUUGUUUGCGGAAGCGGAAUCGUCGUAAUUUAUCGUCUAAUUGUCUCGGUGGCACGAUGGUUGGGAAAGGCUUUAUAAUUCGUUUAAUUGCAGUUCGUUCGGCUCGGUUCGGCCAACUGAAUUUUCAUCGCGUAAAUUAGAGACGAGCUCCACACAGGAGGAAAAAAUCUGUCAAGGGAUAGGGACAGGGGAGACACGUGAAAUAUCACGCCCGAAAAUGCUCGUUCAAUGUCGAAUUACGUCUACGUUCGAAUGUGUUGAGCGUCACGCGUGUGUCAGAGAAUUAAAAGCCCGAAUUAAAAGAGCGACGCUUUUGUAAGUGUUGACGGAAAUUCACUGGACACACACGGUAUGGCGAUAUUUUUUGGAAUAAAAAUAACAGCCGCGCCCCUUUUACGACCAGUCGAUUAAUUUCCUGUCGACGUACCGGUGUUUCGUACGCGUCAUCGAUCAGUGAAAUUUUCGUGGGACACGUGCGUCGAUUCGCGCACGUUCGACCACAUAAAUUUCACUCGUACUACCAAGAAGAAUCCGUGUGGGUCUGAGGUAGCUGUUCGUUGAUACAGGCGCGCCCAUCGUGCGAAAACGAAUGACCCUUUAAAAAAGAAAAAAGGUGAGACACGCGUGAGAACGUUGCUGCUCGAUGUAAUACUCGACAUAGCGGUUUAAACAGACCCCUAUCUCUUGUAAACGUGAUUAAGGGUUACUUCUCUGCCGAUAAUGAGAGAAAAUUGUUAUUUUAGUGUUACGACAUAAGGCUUG